AUGCCCAACACCGGGCUUAUUGCCGCCCGUACGGCGUUCAUACUCUCCGACGCAAUCACGAUCUUCGUCGCCAACAUUAUCAGUAUAGCGGUGACAUGGAAGACUCGGGAGAUCGCAGAGAUGACCAAGAUUUUCGCAACUUCGCUGGCCGUGGCAGACCUGUCUGUGGGGAUUCUGAUCUCCUUCUCCCUGAUUCCUUCCGCUGUAGACCGGUGGCUGUACGGAGACGUCAUGUGCCGGAUCAUCGGCGUGAUGGGACCCUCUUUCGCCAUGAUAUCGACGUUGUCUCUGCUGUGCGUCAGCGCCGACCGGUACCUAGCCGUCACCAGACCGCUCCGGUACUACGGCCUGAUGACUCGCCGGCGGGCUGGGGUUGCCCUGGCGGCAGUCUGGCUGAGCACCAUUGGAGCCAACACCUACGUGGCCCUCAACAGCAACUUGAUCAUCUACGACAGGGUGCUGUGCGUCUGCCUGCCCGAGUGGGGCAACCAGGAGAUCCUGGCUUAUCUGGUCACCAUCUGCAGCAUCUGGAUCGCGGUACCGUCCAUCUUGACCAUCUUCUUCUACGCCCAGUUGUUCCGGAUCAGCAGGCGUCACGCCCGCCAGAUCGCCGCCCAGGGGGCUCCAGCCAACGGCCCGCGUUCGGCUGACAUGCGGGCCAUCCGGACCAUGUUUAUAGUCACCGGCGCCUUCAACCUCGCCUACAUGCCCUUCCUCUUCUGCAACAUCUACCUGAACAUCAGUACCCAUGGUCUCCCGGACGCCGUGAAAUUCUGCAGUAUGUGGCUGCUUCUAUCCAACAGCUGGUGGAACUUUUUCAUCUACCUAGCAACAUCCAAGAACUUCAGGAGGACGGCUUUCAAACUUCUUUGCCGAAAAUGCCCUGGGGCUCUUGCCGCUACAAAUACAGUUGAAAGUGCAGAUAGUCACAUGACCACUUCUUCUCGUACCGUCCCUGCGUAAAUCCACACAGGAAUAUACCACAGAAGUCAUAAUGACAAAAA